AUGAAGGCACUGGAAACUCUUGAGAAAACUAAUGGUCUUUUGAAUCAAACUGAAAUAAGAUAUAAUGCUGUUAAACGAAGAGCUGAGGAAACUCGAGCUAAUUUAGCCUCAGAUGUUAGAAAAGCUGAACAUAACCUAUCUGAUGUUCAGGAAAAAGUAAAAAAAGCCACAGAAAUUGAACCCAAACUCAUACAAGAAACGACUUUUAUGAAAAGCAAAAUUGAAACUAUCAAGAAUCGAAUUCAAGUACUAGCACAGAUAUCAAGAGAACACCAACAAUCCUUUGAUGAUUUGAAACAAAAAUUAAAUAAAUUAACUGAAGAGUGUGCCAGUAAACAGACUGUUGCGGAAAAUUUAUUUUCAUGGAUUCACAAGAAUGAAGAGAACUUAACUAGUCAGUUUCAUGGAAGACUGAAAAAGGAAUAUACUGAGAUGAACCGACUGUUGCAGGAAAAAUCUGAAAUAUGUUAUAAAUUUAAAAUGAAUGAAACAGAACUAAAAAGUGAAAACGAUCGCCGUGAAGAAAGAAUAUUAUGCUAUCAAAACGAAAUAACCAAACUAAGAAGAUCUGUCGAAUUGCUUGAAUCACGUCUAACUACUGCACAAGAUUUACUGCACUCUUCAAAUGCUGAUUAUAACAGAACAAAUGCUAAACAUUCAUCGGUAGCAAAUGAUUUAGAAAUAACGAAAUCACGAACAUGGGCAGAACAAGAUGAUAUACAAAAUAUGUUGAAGUAUUUACAACGUAAAAUGAAGAGGUUAGGUGAAUCUGCUCUAAAAGUUAGGAUGAUGGUAGAGCUGGAAAGUAACCUUCAGGAAUUUGAGAAAACAAAACAGGAAAGCUAUCGUAAGAGGUUGGAAUUGGAGACAACAGCUAAACAGCUAGAAAGUACAACUGAAAAUGCCAAUACUGAAUUAGAAGCCGUUCAACAUAAUCACAAAUACUACUUAGAACAACUCCAUAAUGCAGAGAAUGAGUACAGGAAGUUUGAAGACGAAUGGAACCAAGAAUAUUCUACAAUACGUGACAAAAUUAAAACACUUAGUGAUUCAUUGACGCAAUCUAAAGCACAGGCCAAUAAACUAGAAAUUACAUUAGAAGAAGUGAAUACUGAAAAAGCUUUCCUGCAAGAUAGAGGUAGUAAACUUAAAUUAUCCUUGUUAGCAUUGAUGAAGGUUAAACUGCGAACAACUACAAAAAUCGGUCAGCUAAGGUGUACUAUUGCUGAACUUGUGAAACAAAUAAAAUACUGA